AUGGACGAGUACACCAUUCCGUGUGAGCCUGUCGCAAAGUCGGCUUCCGUCGUGGCCGGCGACCACUUCCGCUUCACCCUGAUCAAUGACACGGUUCUCCGAUACGAAUGGGCUGAAGACGGCGUCUUUGAGGAUCGUCCCUCGACGUUCGCCCUCAAUCGACAGUUUCCGACUCCCGAGUUCUCAGUGUCGAACACGGAUGAGCAGCUUGAGAUAAGGACCUCUUCGUUCCAGGUCACUUAUAACAAGAAGCGCUUCGACCAAUACGGACUGGUUGUCAGCUUCAGCAACAAGAAUACGCUUUGGGGUGCUGAUUGGCGGUAUGGAGAGGUUCCUCAGAACCUGGGCGGGACGGCGAGGACCCUUGAUGAGGUCAAUGGGCGCUGCGAAUUAGAGCCUGGUAUUCUGUCUCGAGCUGGGUACUCUGUUCUUGACGAUAGCAAGUCGAUGCUGCUCGACGGGGCUGGGCUGGCAUCGCCUCGGAGACCUGGAGACCGCAUUGAUGGCUAUCUUUUCUGCUACGGCCACGACUACAAGCUCGCCAUGAAGUCUUUCUUUGCCAUCUCAGGCAAGCAGCCACUUCUGCCGCGGUGGGCACUUGGCAACUGGUGGAGCCGAUACUAUCCCUAUACGGACGAGCAGUACCUGCAGCUUAUGGACAAAUUUGAGAAGGAGGAGGUUCCGUUGACCGUGGCUGUUAUCGACAUGGACUGGCACGAGGUUCACGGUGAUCACAUCCCUCACGCCGGAUGGACGGGCUACACGUGGAACAAGAAGCUGUUCAAGAAUCCAAAGGCUUUCACCAGGGCUUUGCAUGACAAGAAGCUCAAGGUUACCCUGAAUGAUCAUCCUCAUGCUGGAGUUCAUCACCAUGAGGAUUUGUAUGAGGAGAUGGCCAAGGAUCUUGGGCACGACACUUCUGCCAAGGCGCCGAUCCUGUUCAACCCUGUUGAUCCCAAGUUUAUGCACUCUUAUUUGAACACUCUUCAUCGCAGACUUGAGGAUGAUGGGUGCGACUUUUGGUGGAUUGAUUGGCAGCAGGGCCCGUACUCGAGGGUCGUUGGUCUCGAUCCUCUUUGGCUUCUCAACCACUACCACUUCCUGGACCACGAACAGCAGAACGGCAAAGGCAACGCCGUUAUCUUUUCUCGGUUCGGCGGUCCUGGAAGCCAUCGCUAUCCCGUUGGUUUCUCGGGCGACAGCAUCAUGACAUGGGAGUCUCUCGAGUUCCAGCCCGAGUUCACGGCUACAGCUUCAAACAUCGGCUACGGGUGGUGGAGCCACGACAUCGGCGGGCACAUGGGCGGAUACCGCGACCACGAGCUCGCAGCUCGAUGGGUGCAGUAUGGAGUGUUUUCGCCCAUCAUGAGGCUUCACUCGCAGAACGGGCAGUUCACUUCCAAGGAGCCUUGGCUGUACCGCCCCGAGUUUGCGGCUGUUAUGAAGAAGUUUCUGCAGUUUCGACAUCGCAUGCUUCCUUAUUUGUACUCAAUGAAUUGGAUCUCGAGAGAGGACGAUGAGCCUCUUGUGCAGCCAUUGUACUGGAAGUUUCCUGAGAGGGAUGAGGCUUACAGCAAGCCGAACGAGUACUACUUUGGGUCGAGCUUGGUGGUUGCGCCCAUUGUGAAGCCUCGCGAUACGAGGACCAACUGCGCCGCGGUUGACGUUUGGGUGCCUCCUGGUCGACACGUUGACAUUUUCACGGGCGUGGUGUAUGAUGGCGACCGGGACAUCAAGAUGUAUCGAAGCAUCAACGAGAUUCCUGUGCUUGCGCCUGAGGGUGCCAUCAUUCCACUGGACAAGAAGAGUGAACCUGGGAACGGCUGCAGAAACCCUGACCACUUUGAAGUUCUCGUCUUUAUUGGCAAGACUGGUUAUUUUACCAUGUGGGAGAGUCUUGAGGACGACGAGGUCCACGAGAAGGGUCUGCAUCGCGAGUUCCAUCUUCGCUGGGAACAGUCUAUGCGGUUUCUAGAGAUCAGAGGUCACCCGUUGGAUAGAAGCUGGACCAUCAGGUUUGUGUCGCUGAAGGAACGGCCCAAGGGCCUGGAGGUUUACGACAACAACUCCAAAGAUGUGGAGGCAAAGUGCUGGGUUGAAGAGUAUCCCAACCUCCCCGGCUUGGUGGUCGAGAUCCCGAAGGCCAAGGGCGAAAAGUAUGAUGUUGAGUACGUUCAUGUACUGCUGGGCGAGAGCACGCAGCUGAGCGUGAUUGACCACUCGAAGCGCAUCCAAGACGCGAUUCUGGAUUACCAGAUGGAUAUGGCGGCCAAGGAAAAGGUCUGGGGCAUUGUUCAGUCGUCUCAGCCCACUGCAGUCAAGGUUGGACAGCUGAUGAGCCUUGGGCUAGACCAGGAUCUGCUUGGGCCUGUGAUGGAGUUGCUUCUGGCUGAUAGUCGAUAG